AUGCUGAUGGAAGCUAAAAUGGUUGGAGAACGUGUGAAGGAAAAUCCUUUCAAACUGUAUGUUCCGCACCCGCUGAGCUGUGGCCCUGUAUCUGCAGUGAAACCAGUGGCAGAUGAUAGCUUUUUUAUGCAAAUGGAAGCUAAGAUGGUUGGAGAACGUGUGAAGGAAAAUCCUUUCAAACUGUAUGUUCCGCACCCGCUGAGCUGUGGCCCUGUAUCUGCAGUGAAACCAGUGGCAGAUGAUAGCUUUUUCAUGCAAACUUCUAAUGGUGGCCAUAAAGAUGAUUUAGACUUACACGUCUUAAUGACCAGUACACCAAAGUUUUCCAAAUCUGUAAAUCAAGAUUUUACAGAUUCUAUCUCACUAAAGCCACGGGUAAUUCAAGAAGUAGAAAAGGAGAAUUCUGAACAAAUAAGUCAGUUGUAUACAAAACUGUUCCAUGAGGCUGAAAAAAUCAAUAGGUGGAAACUAGCUAUGGAUAAUGAACUUUCGCAAAAAGAUAAGAAAUUGCAGGAAAAUAAACAUACUAUUGAAGUUCAGCGUAAAGCAAUACAAGAACAGCAGUUUGAAAAUGAAAAUCUGAGUAUCAGACUGGAAGAAGCAAUCAGUAAAAAUGAAGAAUCAACAAAAAAACAUAAUGCCACAAGAGAUUUGUUUUCUAUUGUGAAAGAAGCCUGUGCCAGAUUAUCUGAGAAGAUGAAAACAUAUGAAACAGAAAGAGAAGAAUCAAAAGGACUUUACGCUAAAAAUGCUGAAAAUAUUGAGAAAAUGGUAAUGGCCUUUGAAGAACUUCGUUUCCAGUCUGAAAAUGCAAAAAAAGAAAUUAUGUUUAAGUUAAAAGAAGAUUUGGAACAAAGAGAAAAGCUUAAAAAUGAGCAUCAACAUCAGCUGAAUGAUAGAGAAUGUAAGGUGGAACAGCUCCAGCAGGAAUAUAAACAAAAAGACAAUGAACUUCAAGAAACCUUAAUUCAUCUUCAAGAAUCUAAAAUCAGAUAUGAUCAACUGAAGGAAGAAACCAGGCAAUGUAAUGAAGAUCUACAAAAGUCACAAGUUAAAGUGCAACAUUUAACUGCAGAACUAGAGAAGACAGAUGAUUUACUGAAGAAAAAAGAGACCUCUGAAAAGUCACUUGAAGAAAAAUUUGAAAAUAUGAAGAACACCACAAGUCAGCUUACCAGAGAAAAUGAAAUCACAAUAGAAGAAUUUAAUAAAGUUAUAUUGAAAGAUGCAUUGACAAUUGCACAGCUUACAACUAAAACUGAACACUUGGAAGAAUUAUUUAGAACAGAACAAGAAAGAGCAAAAGAACUUCAAGAUGACUUACAAUGUGCUUCUACAGAGUUGGAAAAAAAGAAUAAUGCAUUAGGGCAGUUGGAGCAACUUAAAACUGAAAAUAAAGUGAAGAUUAGCCAGUUCAUGGAGGCUUUGGAAAACGCGUCAAAGGCUCAACUUGAAUGGGAAGAACAACUGCAGUACAAACAAACAGAAAAUGGGACAUUGUUGGAAGAGUUAAAAUCAGUACAGAAAACGCAAAGUGACCUAGAAGAUAAAGUAAAACUAUUGGCAGAUGAAAAGGCAGAACUUCAAAAAAAUGUGGAUGCAUUACUGAAAGAAGCUACAUAUUUAAAAGAAGCAGUUCAAAAUAAAGAGAAUGUAAUUGAUGAGAUUCAACGACAGAUACUCAGCGCACUUGAAAAAGAGGAAGAUGUUUUAGAGAAAAUAGACAACUUGAAGGUUGAGCUUAAAGAAGAAAGAGAAAAGCGUGAAGCACUCUCUUCAGAUUAUAAUAUUGCAUUGGAAGAGAAAGAAAUUAUUUUACACAAUAUCACUAAUGCUUCUGAGGAAAUUAAGAACCUCCAAAAGAAUCUUGAGGCCAUUAAACAAAAAGAAGCAGCAGCAAAGAAAACAAUACAAAUACUUAAAGAUCAAAAUGCUCUACAAAAUGACGAACUUUGCACCCUAAAGGAAACAUUAAAACAGCAAGAUGAAGUGACUGGAAGCAAACUUGAAGAACAAGAAGAAAGUUCCAAAAAUCUACAAAAUGAAUUUAAGAAGAAGGAACGAGCACUGAAGGCCAUGGAGAGCAAGCUGAAUACUUUGAAGAAACAAUUGGAAAAUAAGAACGAGUCUAUUGAAGUACUGCAAAAAGAGGGCAAAAGCUUGAAAAAGCAGAUAGUAAAAGAAACUAGCCAAUGCAGUGCUUACAAAACUGAGAUUGAACAAUUGAAACGUGAACUGAUAAAUCUCACCGUGAAACACAAGGAUUCCAUUCAAGACCUUCAAAACAAAAUCGAGGAGCAGAUGUACUGCAAUGAAAAAUUAAAUGAAGAGGUUCAAACUUUACAAUUAACAACAGAAGAAGCUAUUCAGGCACAGAAAAAGAAUGAUGUUGUGUGCCAGCAUAAGAUUUCCGAAAUUAUAACACUUAUGGAAAAGCACAAGCAUCAGUAUGAUAAAAUGGUGGUGGAAAAAGAUGCUGAAUUGAACUCCUGGAAGGAAAAUGAAUUAAAAAUCAACUCCCAUAAAAAAACUUUGGAAACUGAACUAUUGUCUGUCAGAGAUGAACUCUCAGGUGUAAAGCAGCAACUUAAAAAACUAACUCAGGAAAAGGAAACUCUUCUUAAACAAACUAAGACAAUGAAGGAUGUUAUCAAAUCUUUGAAAGAAGAAAUUAAGAAGAAAUCGGAGCCAAAUUCUUUAUUGAGGAACCCUAAUGAUGGCGUUUCACAAUCUGUUGUACUGGCAACUCCUAAAAGAAAAGAGAGUUUAUCCACUCCCUCCCUGUCAACAGAACAUAAGCAGAUAGAAAGAACUUCAACUAUUCAAAAAACACCUUCCUGCACUCCUACAAAAAGAUCUACAGGUGCCCCAAAUGAUCAGACACCUCCCAUCAUUGAAAAUACGACUAUAAAGCACACAAUGAGACCACCAAAUUUUGAGGUGAUGCACAAAAAGAGAAAAGUACCUUUAGACUUGUUUAUGGAUUCAGACAGCUCUGAACACAGUGAUAUUCUGACACCUCCCAGCACUGAAAAUAAGAUUAUAAAGGGCGCAAUGAAACCACCAAGUGGUGUGGUGAUGCACAGGAAGAAAAAAGUACUUUUAGACUUGGAUAUACAUUCAGACAGCUCUGAACACAGUGAUAUUCUGAGUAUGAUUCCAGAGGCUGAAAUGUUUAAAACAUUGUACAAGGGAAACUCACAAGCUGCUUUUCUCUUUGAAAAGACGGAACAAGAGUUUAAUAGCCCAGCAAAGCUCAAAUCCUGUGGCAGUGGCCUCAAACAAGCUACUAUUAAAAAGAUGCGAGAAGCUGGAUGGGCAAGUAUAACAAAGGACAGCAGNAAAAAGAGAAUGAAAGCAGCUGAGAAACUAUUUUGAAUUUUAGA